CCCGCAUUCGGGGUACGGCGAGACUACGAGUCAGUGGGCGGACGUCAGCCAGCCAGAAUUGCACCAGUAGCACAGUAGCCCAGCACCAGCACCAGUAGCACUAACUAGCUCCCAUCAGUGACUGCUACCAGCAGCACCAGUAGUAGUAACUAGCUCCCAUCAGGCGGCACUAGCUAGCUCCCACCAAUGGCUUCUGCCAGUGACCCCCCACCCCCCGGUGGUUCCCACAAAUGCCCCACCGCGGCUCCUCCCCCGCGGAGAAACCAAUCUCGUACAUCGCCGGAGUGCAUCGCUGGCUGCGACCCUCCCGACGCACUCCCCCGCGCAAAUUGUUGGCCACCAAGAGCAGUCCCUCCACAGCCUACCAGGCCCGUGGUGGCCUCCACCACGCCAGUCGCCCACCAUCCACCACUGAAAACGUCUACUCCAGCCCCCACCCUCUCGUCCCCCACGCACCACUGGCUGUCAUCCAAUCACUGACGUGAAACCCUCUGGCCACCAUCAUGUGACCCUCUCCCCACUUCUCCAGGGGUGACUGCACCACCUGACCACAUCCGGGCGCCAAAUCCGGGGGUUUUACAAC